CCUACGUCGUCUAUUUAAACUCGAGGAACAUUCGCGAUUUCUAUCAGAGCAUAGAGAGAGCUUUUACAAGCCUAAAGUCCUGAAAUUUUUAUUUCGUCAAGAUCCAAAGAGCUUAAAGACCGCAGCCAUCGUUCACCAUGUCCGUCGUACCUCUCAUGUAUCGCGAAUGGUGGGACGACUUCGAUCGACCUACCUCACGACUCAUUGAUCAGCACUUUGGCAGCGGUCUGAAUCGUGACGAUCUUCUAUCAGGACUCUCGAGCUUGAGCUUGAACCGACCAAGAUCGGCAUUUGGCAACAGUGGAUACUACCGACCCUGGAGGAACGUGGUGCGUCAGAAUUCUGGGGGUGCAAGUACAGUUCAGGCUGACAAGGAUAAAUUUCAGGUGAUACUGGAUGUUCAGCAAUUCUCACCGGAGGAGAUCACGGUGAAGACGGUCGACAAUAACGUGAUCGUCGAGGCCAAACACGAAGAGAAGCAAGACGAACACGGCUAUAUCAGCAGACACUUCGUCAGAAGAUACGUCCUGCCCUCGUCUCACGAUGUGGAAAAUGUUACCUCGAGCCUGUCCUCGGACGGCGUUCUAACUAUUACAGCACCGAAAAAGUCUUCAACGCCAGCUGGAACCGAGAGAGUUGUCAAUAUCGUCAAAACUGGAGUACCAGCAGCAAAAUCCGAGGACGAACAGAAAAAGAGCGACAAUUAAAAAAUCUUUUGUUGCAUAGAUGCAACGAGAAAAUAACAUGGAAGGAAUUAUGAUUUCAUUUUAAUAUGAGUACCAGAAUUGCUCGAAUUUUAAACAUUAAUUAUUUAUAAUUGUGUCCUGUACCUGCUCUGAUACGUGACCUUGAGACUCAGCAAUAAAUUACACAAAUUAUUGCUCAUUCUCAAAAAAUAAACGUACCCGCUCUUUUCCAGGGCUCGUAUAUGUGAACGUCCUCUUUUUAUAACAAAUAAAAUUAAUAAUAAAAACAUUUACAAAACAU